CUCCGGCAAGCAUGUCUCUCGCGUGACGCGCUCGCCACUCGCGCACGUUCGAUUUCGUUAGUCGAUCGCCAUGGCCCCGCGACGCCAAGGCGCGACCGGCGAGCGGGAAGCCGACGACACCCGAGGGUGCUGCGUUCCUGGCGAGUGCCUCCGCCCCAGAGAGUCCGUGCGCAUAGAGGAUGCAGUCCGCGUGAUAUGCAACAACGAAGCGUGCGCCGCGGGCCGGUACAUGCACCGGGAAUGUUUCGAGCAAUGGGAAGUCGGCGUUUUGGCGUAUUUGAAAUCAUGCGGAAGAGCGAGGUCUUGGUCAGAGAGGCAAAGGCAUCAGAAUUUAUGGACUAAAAAGGGAUAUGAUCUGGCAUUUAAGGCGUGCGGUUGCCGAUGUGGGCGAGGGCACUUGAAGAAAGAUUUGGAUUGGUCCCCACCGGGUGCCGCUGUGAGGGCUGAAGAGGAGAAGAAGCGUCGUCGUCGAGCUCGGUCGGGGAGGACUCCGGCUGUGGACGGCCGCUCGCGAGCCUUCAGCCUCUCCAGCUCCGGCUCCUGCUCACCGCCGUCAGCGCCCUCCGAGCCAUCAGCGAGCCCGACACACGCUCCUCCACACACUGUCUCCCUUACAAAGAGGAACUCCAAACCGGAAAUCGUAUCCGACCGAAUCAGAGCUGGCGCAGGUGCAAACGGCAUAUUCUCGAGAAGGCUCGACUUCUCCACAUUCAACUUGCUGCCGAAGCAUAAAGUCAACUCAUAUCAGAUCAAGAUCGAGGAUGAGGGUAACCAUGGUAACGACGACACGAGGCUGUUCAUCCUGUCGACCCUUGCCGGGCAGCAUCGGCCGAAGGUGUCCUGCGCUCUCUGCAAGGAAACCCUACAUGUCUUCGACCGGUACCCACUCGUCGAUGGCACCUUCUUCCUCAGUCCACGACAGCAUACCAGCAGCGCUGUUGAGGUCAAAGUGGAAGGUCGCACGCAAUACCUGACGUGCGUGUGUAUGGGCUGCUUGGAGCGCUGUGACCCGGAGAGGACCAUUCGUUGCCGGUUCUGUGGACAGAAGUGGGACGGCUCCUCGCUAGUGUUGGGAACCAUGUACUCUUAUGACAUUUUCAUGGCCACCCCGUGCUGUGCUGAGAGACUGAAGUGCAACAACUGCUACAAGCCGCUCCUGCACCCGCAACAGCGGCUCAACUACUCGGACUACUCGCACCCGGUGACGUGCCCUCACUGCCGCGUGCUCGACACACACUUCGUCAAGCCGCUGUCCUACUGCUUCACCAAGCGGGCGUUCCCGCUGUUCCAGCAGUGGCCAUAA